UCGGUGGCCCGUUCGGCCAGUCGUGCUGUGGCGGCUGCAAUCGCGACGUCACCCCCGCUCUUUCGAGCUCGCUGUCGCGCGAGAUACGACAUCCCCCGCGGGGACGCGAGUAGACGAUCAUCCACGCGAGAGCGAGGGAUAAAAAGUCCUCUCCCUAGCCUUCUCUCUCGUCUCGUUUGCUUGUCCGACCGAUCGCCACUGCGAAGGGAUUAAAAGUGAGACGGAAGGGUGUCUCCGAGUUACAUCGAGCCGCUGGAAACGAUCUUUUCUCUCUCUUUCUCUCUUGCCCUUCUCUCUUUUUCUCUCAUUCCCGAUUCUAAGAAUCCAUCCGCUGAAUCCUUGCGGCUCGGGAUUCGCGAAAUUCCGAGGUAUAUAAUCUGCGAAAAUCGUGAUGAGCUUUCGCUUCCUGUUUAGUUUCGACAUUCGCGGAGUGUCGAGGAGCGUGUUUUUCCUCACCGAUGCGAACGUUCGCGGAAAAGAUCCGCGCGAUUCCGCGAGAUCGCGACGAGGGCGAAAAACAGGAAAAGCGACGUUAAGGGAUGUCCGUCCUCUUUGGAUUCAGAGUGACGAAUAAGAAUCUUCGAAUCUGAUCUCGUCCAUCCGAUCAACGCCCAACAAUGACGACGUGCACGUAGCUCGAGACCCGCGGAAUGACUCGCCGAAUCGCGAGAACGAUGACAAAACGCCGAUCACGAGACGUCCGACUUCCCACGCACCGUCGCGUCGUCGAGUCGAAGUAUUCGCGGGAAUGCGAUAAGACAGCGCGAUAAAAGAGAGAGAGAGAGAGAGAGAGAGAGAGAGAGAGAGAGAGAGAGAGAGAGAGAGAGAGAGAGAGAGAGAGAGAGGACUUUCCGGAUUCUUCACCGGUAGACGCGAGUCGCGUGUCGGGAGGGGGGAUUUUACGCGGGCAACCCCCGCGCGGAGAGAGUGAAAGACGAAACAAACGAGAGGGAAAGUCGGAGGGAUCGGGAUACGUGCUUCGUAAGGCAGGCAGGCAGCGCGAGCGAGGAGUUGUCCGGUUGUUUCUCGCCUUGCGAGAGGAUCGAUCGCGGCUAAUUAGUCGGACGACGCGGACCGGUGGCAAAGAAUUGGUUUAUCCUGUUGAGACUGCACGAGCGACAAAAGCCGACGGGAGGAUCUAUCGCCCUGAAUUCCCACUGGAUCCCCUGGAACGGAUCGAUGCUGUUAUCACGACGGAGAAUUUCACCGAGGCGUGGCGAUUAUCGGAUUGUCGCGAAACCCACGACUCUGGCCCUUACACGACCGCCCUUAUCUUGAGAAGGACGUAAAUGGGGAAGAACAGAAGCAGCGAAGCGGUCGCGCCUCGUCGCCGUCGUCCUCGAACUGGGUCGUCGUCGCUUUGAAAUUCAAAACAAGACUACGCCGAUAUGCCAUCUCGGAUUUAAAGCCGGAUUCGCCGUUAUCUCAUGCUCGUUAGACUCGGUGAAAUUAAAUCCGUGUAACGAGUCGGAAAUUCACCUGAGGAAAAAAAAACGAUAGGGAAAGCGAGAUAAAAGUAAUAUCCUGGAAGACAGAAGACGAAGGGAAGGGACAGUCGCGUGUCCGGGGAAGGGGGAAGGAGGAUUAUUCUAUAACGACGACGGAAGAAGAAGAGCCGGAAAUUCAACGGAACCCUAGCUCGAGGAGGAGGAGGAGGAGGAGAAGGAGGGAGGUUCUCGAUGGCCAUGAGGACGUUAAGGCCGACGACGACGACGACACCGAGGCUGGAAACGACGUCGAGCGAUCUUUCCGGCACCUGAGUUCGCCCGAUACCUUCGCCCAUUCCGAUUCCGGAACAACCGUUCAUUGGAACAACUAGGAUUCACGAUAAUCGCAUCGGACGCUUUAAGGCCUUCCUUGGAAGAGUUCCGGAGAAAAUUCCGUGCUCGUCGCUUGCCCAUUUUCUCGAACCGAACUCUAGUAUUUGUUCAGAGAAUAAAGCGGAGACGAGAGAGGGAGAGAGAGAGGAAAAAGAAAUCGCUGCGGGGAAAACUCAGGCAGAGAUAAUAUACAACGUGAGGAAUCCGAGGAACGCCCGAGGCGACUCGUGAAAGACGGGCUCGACGCACACUCUCGGGAUUUAUUGGUUCUUUAUCGUCUGUACUUUCCCCCGAAGGGAUGCCUAACGCGAAAAAGCGCGUCCGAUCGGUCGAACGACGAUCGAAGGACGAUCAAAAAGCUCGCGGUCAGUGGUGCGCGAAUACCGGGAUCGCUGGCGGGGAAUCCGGUGUUUUAGUUUUUUCCCCGCGCGAAUCGAAGAAGCGUCUUCCUACGUGUUGACCGGGAUCUUGCUAGCGGGGAGUGUGGUAAAUAUUCCUAAUCUCGAAAUUCCAAGGGACCCCGGCUGUAAUCGAGCAAUUAAUACCGUCAAUUCAAUGUUAGGGAAAUAAUUUAUCUGCUUGUUAACGAGAGGAGAACAGUGUGCCGAUCGAUCGCGAAAAUGCAGAGAGAAUCAAGGAGCAGAGGAUGGAAAACACUUCGCUUCGAGAUAGGCGCUCGGCUCAAGGUAGGAACUUCAUCCCGACAGAUGUAACGGGCGCGACGGACCAAGGAUCCUAGGAUUACCUCACGAGAAAACGCGGACUGUCAAGAGCGGCGUGAGACACGGCGCGCAAUCAAGGCAGUUAAGAUGCACCAGCCUUGGCCGUUGCUGCUGCUGAUCUUGACGCUGCAGCGUUUGACGACCCUGUCGAUGGUGCAGUUGAGGAUGCACAACGAGGCGGUGCUGAUACCCGGCGACAUCGUCCUGGGCGGACUGUUCCCGGUGCAUGAGAAGGGCGGCGGCCCAACCGCGUGCGGGCCCAACAUCUAUCACCGGGGCGUGCAGCGUCUCGAGGCGAUGCUUUUCGCCGUCGAUCAGAUCAAUCAGCAGGACAAGAUCUUGCCGGGCGUCUUGCUGGGCGUGCACAUCCUCGACACGUGCGGCCGCGAUACGUACGCGCUCAAUCAGAGCCUGCAUUUCGUCCGGGCGUCUCUGUCCAACAUCGACAUCAGCGUGCUGGAGUGCGCGGACAAGUCGACGCCCAGGGUGAAGAGGACCGCGAGCGCGGGGCCCAUUUUCGGGGUCGUAGGCGGCUCCUACAGCUCGGUGUCGUUGCAGGUGGCGAAUCUGCUGCGGCUCUUUCACAUCCCUCAGAUAUCGCCAGCUUCCACGGCCAAGGCGCUCAGCGACAAGACCAGGUUCGACUACUUCGCGAGAACGGUACCGCCGGACACCUUCCAGUCGAUCGCGCUGGUCGAUGUGGUGAAGAGCGCCAACUGGUCGUACGUCUCCACCGUGUACUCUGAGGGUAGUUACGGCGAAUACGGGAUCGAGGUGUUCACGCGCGAGGCGACCGAGCGUAACGUCUGCAUCGCGGCCGCGCUGAAGGUGCCUAGCGCCGCCGACGACAAAGUGUUCGACGACAUCAUCCAGCGUCUGAGCAAAAAGCCGAACGCCCGCGCGAUUGUCCUCUUCACCCGGGCGGAGGACGCCCGCGGCAUCCUUGAGGCCGCGAGACGGUCAAACCUCAGCCAGCCGUUUCAGUGGCUGGCCAGCGAUGGCUGGGGCCGGCAGGGCAAGCUGGUCGAGGGUCUCGAGGAAGAGGCCGAAGGCGCGAUCACCGUCGAGCUGCAAUCGGAAAACAUCCCCGAAUUCGACAGUUACAUGGGAUCGCUCACCCCCGAGAACAAUCGGCGGAAUCCGUGGUUCGGCGAGUACUGGGAGGAGGUGUUCGGCUGCACUCUGCGGAGAGACACGGCGGCCUACGAGCGUCUCGGCCCGCAGGUCGGAUGGAGGACCGGCAUCGGCAAUCAGAGCUGCCGUCCCGAGCUCAGGCUCAACGCGGCGAGCGGCUACGAGCAGGAGUCCAAGGUGCAAUUUGUCGUGGACGCGGUCUACGCGUUCGCCCUCGCGCUCAACAAGCUGCGCCACGACCUGUGCGGGCACAGAAAAGGCAUAUGCUCGUCAAUGGCCAACUACGACCGCGGCGCGUUCUAUAAGAAUUAUCUGCUGAACGUGUCCUUUGUAGACGCCGCCGGCAGCUUGGUGAAAUUCGACGAGCACGGAGAUGGCCUGGCGCGAUACGAAAUCCUCAAUUUUCGCAAGGGGACGAACAACAAUGGCGCGAAUGGCUAUCACUAUCGGGUGGUGGGCAAAUGGUACAACUCCCUGGACAUCCGUACGGAGGAGAUGGUGUGGGCGCGGGGGACGAAGGAUAUACCGAUCUCCGCGUGCUCGUUGCCCUGCGAGCCAGGUAUGAUAAAGAAGCAACAGGGUGACACUUGUUGCUGGGUGUGCGACCAAUGCGAGGCGUACGAGUUUGUUUACGACGAGCACACCUGCAUGGACUGCGGCCCGGGCUUCUGGCCGCAUCCUGACAAACGAGGGUGCUAUCAGUUACCGGUCCAUCAUAUCAGGUGGAGCAGCGCCUUCGCCAUCGCACCUGCGGUAAUAUCCUGCCUAGGAAUCGUGGCGACCCUGGCGGUGGCGUGCUUGCUCUUCCAUCACCGCGACACCCCGGUGGUCCGCGCCUCCGGACGAGAACUCACCGUGAUCCUGCUGGCGGGCGUGCUGGUGUGUUACCUGAACACCUUCCUGCUCCUCGCCACGCCGACCACGGCGACCUGCGUCCUCCAGCGCUUCGGCGUCGGCGUGAGCUUCAGCGCCGUGUACGGCGCCCUGCUCACCAAGACCAACCGGAUCGCCAGGAUCUUCGACUCGGCCUCGAGGUCCGCCGUCAGACCGCGGUACAUCAGCCCCACGUCACAGGUCUGCAUAGCGGCCGCGCUGAUCGCCUUCCAAGUGGUGCUGACGCUGGUUUGGAUGAUCAUCGAGCCGCCGGGGACCAGGUACUCGUAUCCGGAUCGCCGUCAGGUGAUCCUCAAGUGCAACAUCCAGGACAUGAGCUUCCUGUUCUCCCAGCUGUACAACGCCCUGCUGAUCCUCAUCUCAACCGUAUACGCGGUGAAGACGCGCAAGAUCCCGGAGAACUUCAACGAGAGCAAGUUCAUCGGCUUCACCAUGUACACCACGUGCAUCAUCUGGCUCGCCUUCGUGCCGAUCUACUUCGGCACCGGGAACGCCCACGAGACGCAGAUCACGACCCUCUGCGUGGCGAUCAGCUUGAGCGCGUCUGUCACCCUGGUCUGCCUCUACUCGCCCAAGGUCUACAUCAUCGUCUUCCAGCCGGACAAGAAUAUACGCGGCAAGGUCUGCAUGGGCAGCACGUUCAAGAAGCAGGGCAGCAGCGCCGGCGCGUCGUCCAUGACGAAAUACACGGGUUGCGAGUCGGCGAGCGAGAACGUGCCCCUGCAAGGCGCCCUGACCGCGGCGGUGCGGACGUCCGUGGGGGUCACCGAGAUCUCGCUAACGUCUAGCACGACCAACAACGAGCAAGUGGCGCAAUUGUAGACCACCCCCCUCAUCGUGACUACCUGGGGAUGCAGCGGCAUCCGAAGAGAGAUUGAAAUUAGCAAAUCGCUAAUAUUGAUAUUUUAAUCUGUUAUCGGGGAGACUGAUAUAAUCGAACUGGUAUUCGAAGGCGAGGAUGCUGAGCGUCUCGCGACGCGGCUGUCGUUCAUAGCAUAUCGAGAAGGAGAGAGAUCGUCUUCUCUCAGCGGAGAUCAUUGGUCGUUAUCAUGAUCGCUGUUGUCGUUAUUGUUACUGUUGUCCUUGUGCAUAAAUUAUAUAUAAAUGUAUAUACACACACACACACACACACACACACACACGUGUGCGGGCGCGCACACAACACGCAUUCACACAUACGUAUAAAAAAUGAAGAAACACAUAUAUGUACGUUUACGUGCAUUUAUCGAGCAUGUGUAUACCGUGUGACCUACUAAUUCUAGCCGAGCACUUUGUGUCUUGCAUAAUUUCGAUAGGAGCGUAAAUGUUGAUCUUACGUUAAUUCGUUUAGCUCCUCGUUUAUUUAUCGGACAUUUAACACGCGCCUCCCUCCACUCCUACCCCCACUCCGCCGCCUCUCCGAGAGCGCUUUCCGAGACGUGAUAAUCGUACACAAUGGACAAUAAAUAAAUGUACUUAAAGCGAGCACAAUUAUAUCUACUAUACGGAAUAUCGAGAAUAUUAAUUGGGAAUGCAACUGUUUUCGACUCGAGUGUUUCUUCUCAGCCCCCUCCUGCCCCCCCUUUUCUUACGCAUUUUAAAGCGAUUUACGAGGCUGAUCGAGUGUUUCGGAAAUUACGUGAAAAUUAUCUCGAAUGUUUCUCCCGCAUUUUGGAAACAUAUAUUACGUAUCCUUUCCGCGAUACAUAAACUAAAGAGAGAGAGAGAGAGAGAGAGAGAGAGAAAGAUUCCUCUUAUAUGUACGAAUAACCAUCUAAUUCUCUUUUCUCCCUUUUUCCUAUUACGUCGGUUUCACAGCUUUUUUGAAACGUUUGAUCAAUUUUGUGAAUAACCGAGGAAGAAGAGCGUUAUUAUUGUACCAAAGAAACAGGAGAGAGAGAGAGAGAAAGAAAAAAAUACUAAUAUCUUUUCUAUUGUAACGAGCGCGGCGAGAAAGGGAGAUAGAUUGGUCCUGGAAUAAAACAAUUAUUGAAUGGCG